CAUAACAAAGCAUAAAUAGUUUUAUUAUCCUCAAGUCAUUCCUUAUUUACAUUUAGGUAACCAAUUACAAAUGGUAAACAAACCUGGCUUCAAGUUUGAUUUUAGGGAUGUGUCGUCAGGGAUUCAAAAACUACGUGAAUUUUUGUUAGGUCGUAAAUAUGUACAGCAUAAUAGGUUUCCACCAUUAAUUGCUCCGAGGUCAAUCCCUCCACCAGAUGUUCCGCGUGGACCAGAGCAAACAAAUAGAUAUUCUGACAUGUAUUAUACUAACAGAGAUGUUUUGGGAUCUGUAAAGCCUCCAGUGGUAGCUCCAAUAGCUGAAGGUUUACGGGGCGGUGAUGGUAAACUAAAAAUUGAUCGGAAGAAAAUGGAUACACGGAAAUUAUUAUUUGAAUGCCCACCGACGCCGGGAUGUACAUGGUGGUGGGACGCGCAUUGUUACUAUAAAGAUAUUUGUCCGACUCCUCCACCUUGUCCUCCGUUUGCUCCUCCUUCUCCAUCUACAGCUUCACCUUGUGACUCGCAGCCAUCACUGCCACCAUCAUCACCGCCGGUACCAUGCAAGUCAGAGCAGAGUGAGGACCCAUGUGCUCAAACUCCAGUUUGCAAGCUCCCACCGUGCGAGAUAGAAAAGCCCCCGCCGCCACCACCCCCACCACCAUUUUGUGACCCCUGUGACCCCAAACAUAAGAAGUAAUUUUGUAGGUAUAUCUUGCAAAAUAUGUUGAGGUUGAGAUU